AUGGGUCGGUCGAGUCUUUCCAUCAGACGUCUGCCGGGACAUCGUUUCGAGCAGCUCCGCGACAUGCCUGACUACAUGCAUAAUCCUAACGAUGUCACCAUUGACAUCCCACUGACGGAGACUGUCAGUCGUGGUCAGACAGGUGCGCGCAAAUGGGCUUCCAACACGACUCCUGUGGACUCUACCACAAAUACCUCGGAAAAGGGGCCCAUCAUGGGUCACAAGCACCGGGGUCCUGGUCGCAGGCGUCGUACUGAUACCGAUAUCAAUGAGAUGUCGGGGAAGCCCAAUGAGGCUCCCGAAGACGGUACCAUCAAUCGCAUGGGCCGUGUCUAUCAAGCUGUCCUGAACUACUCCAUCAUCACUCGUUAUCUCAUUUAUGUCAUUCCCAUUGCGAUUUUGAUCGCUAUUCCCAUCAUUGUUGGUGCUACGGCUGCGCCGAACGCCAAAAUCGGUGGUGUCCACCUCUACUGGUUCUUCACUUGGAUUGAGAUUGUCUGGUUCAGUCUCUGGACAUCCAAGAUCUUCGCUCGCUAUAUUCCUUACUUUUUCCAAUUCUUGUGCGGUAUCGUCAGCUCCGGUACUCGCAAGUAUGCGCUCAUUCUGCGCGCUCUCGAAACCCCUCUCGCUCUGCUUUUCUGGGCCAUCAUCUCCCUCGUUACUUUCUUGCCCGUCAUGACCUUGACUCCUGGUAAGAAGGAGACCGGUGAUACCGACGUGAAGGCGUGGGAGAAGAGUGUCAAGAACAUUCUCUUCGCCCUGCUAGUUUGCUCUAUUAUCUACCUCGCCGAGAAGACACUGGUGCAGCUGAUCUCCAUCAGCUACCACCGCAAGCAGUUUGAUGCCAAGAUUCGCGUUUCCAAGCGGAACGUUCACCUGGUCAGUCUGCUCUUCGAGGCUUCUCGUAACAUGUUCCCCGUGUACUGCCCGGAGUUCAAGGAGGAGGAUUCUCUCAUUUUCGACUCCAUCCUUGCACAGGCUGGCGUUAAGGGCGGAAAGCGGUCAUCUGCCAUGCCUCUUCGCAUGCUCCGCCAGGUCGGCAAGAACGUCGGCCGUGUCGGUGACAAGGUCACUGCUGCUUUCGGUAAUGUUGCUUCCGAACUUACAGGUAAGCAAGUGUUCAACCCGACCGCCACCCACACCAUGGUCAUUCAGGCUUUGGAGCGCAAGCGCUGUGCUGCUGCGCUGGCCCGUCGUAUCUGGAUGUCCUUUGUCGUUGAGGGUCGUGAGUCUCUCUACAUGGAGGACAUAGUUGAGGUACUUGGUGCCGAGCACGAGGCUGAGGCGGAAGAGUGUUUCCACGCCCUCGACAAGGAUGGCAAUGGCGAUAUCAGUCUUGACGAGAUGGUUCUUACCAUUUCCGAGUUCGGUCGUAUGCGCAAGGCUCUCAACCACAGCAUGCACGACGUUGACCAGGCCAUUCGUGUCUUGGACAACCUUCUCAUGUGUGUUGCUGGUCUGGUUGGUGUCUUGGUCUUCAUCUCUUUCGUCACUACUGGAUUCGGUACUGUCAUUGCCGCUGGUGCCACCUCCUUGCUCUCCCUUAGUUUCGUCUUCUCCGUCACCGCUCAGGAGGUCCUGGGUUCCUGCAUCUUCCUCUUCGUCAAGCAUCCCUUCGAUAUUGGUGAUCGUGUGGAGGUCAGUGACAAGCCUUUCAUUGUCGAUCGUAUCUCGCUGCUAUUCACUGUCUUCCGCAAUGUUACCGAUUCGCGUGUUACCCAGGUGCCCAACAACAUCCUGAACAGUCUUUGGGUUGAUAACUUCACUCGUGCCAAUGCCAUGCAUGAACAACUCACUGUCCCCGUCGCCUUUGAUACUAGCUUUGCCGAGGUUCAGCUGCUGCGUCAAGAAAUGGAGAACUUUGUCCGUGACAAGGAAAACUACCGUGACUUCCAGCCCGAUGUCGACAUCGAGCUUGGCGGCGUUGGUGAUAUGGAUAAACUUCAGCUGCGUGUGGAUAUCCGCCACAAGUCGAACUGGUCUAACGAGACUGUUCGUGCUGCUCGUCGAUCCAAGUUCCUGUGUGCUCUCGUCUUGGCUGUCCGUAAGGUCCAAGUCCGCGCCCCUGGCGUUGCGGCCCCCGAGGAAGCUGCCGAAGGUGACGACAAGGGUGAUGACGCUGGUGCUGGCGAGGGCAAGCCUGGUCAAGACAACGACCCUAAGCCUGCCGCCGCUGCAGGUGCAGACAUCUUGAACUACGAGAACACCGGUCAUUCAUCUGGCUUUGACCAACAGCGUGGCGGAACCGUCACCAAGCGCGGAUCCACACAGACUACCAACGCCGAGCGUGAAGCCGCAAUUGUCGACAUGCUCAACUCCCGCUCUCCUGCUGUGGAUAUCGGCCGCGAUGACGACAAUGCCCUGCAUCGCACUGCAACCAACGCCUCCACUCACGGCAACCAGCUGAGCGUGCACAACGGUGUCACGGGCGGUAACAUCGCCCGCGGUCUCUCCACUGGUCACCGCAAGGCCGCAGGCAUGACCCCGUCAUCCAGCCAAGUCCCCAUCCUGGAAACUCCCAAGCCUGGCUCUCGCGGCAGCGCUCGCUACGAGCCCCGCCCUCACUCCAGCCAUGGAAGCCAGGACCAAACGGCCACCGUGCAAGCUGUCGGAUCUCCUGACCCGAACGCUUACCAGGGCAGUUACAACCAAAACGCCGGGUACAACCAGGUCUAUGGUGCUGACAACCGCGACAUCUCCGGUAUGACAGCUCACAGCAACUACGAGAUCUCAGAUCGCUAUGAUCCGGUCUCUCCUCCUUCUGCCAGCAUCUAUUCCCCGCCUCAGACCAUGCCGCCUUCUGCCACAAACCCUUUCAAUCCCAACACUCCGGCACAGGAGCCAGAGACAAGUUCCCGUCGACCUUCAUUCUUGUCGAAGACUUUGAAGAAGAACAAGUCUCCUUACGAUGAUCAAUAG